AACACGGAGCCUCUGAAGAACUGUUGAUGGCACACGGAUACCUCGCCAUCGGCGUAUGCCUGCAGAUUCGGUUUCAUUUACAUCAAGAAAUGAGUAUGACUCUGUGGAGGUUUGGAUAGGAGUGUGAGAAGGACAGCAACAAGAAACAGUGUAAGAACAAAGGAGUAAGGUGGAGAAAGGAGUUGGGGGGGCACUGAACAGAGAGCAGAAAACUGGGUCAAAAGUAUAACAAAAAGAAGAAAGAAGCAGAUGUGUAGAAAGGUAAAACUGACAAAGUGGUAGCGUGAGAAAGAAAGUAGAAGAGGAAUGAAGAUGGGGUGCAGUCAGAUGCCUGCCAGACCUCUCCUGGACUCUACACUUCACUUUGUCAACCAUCGGUCAAAGCAGGGAUCUCCUGUCUAAGCCUUGCUUCCUGCCUGGUCCAAGCAGCUAAUUUCACCUGCUGGAAGAGUGCCUCCCCCUCGGUAAUGUGAUGAAUAAGUUUGAAGUCCUUGGCAUUGUGGGAGAAGGAGCUUAUGGAGUGGUGCUUAAGUGCAGGCAUAAGGAAACCAAUGAACUGGUGGCCAUAAAGAAGUUCAAAGACAGUGAAGAAAAUGAGGAGGUCAAGGAGACCACUCUUCGGGAGCUGAAGAUGCUUCGGACGCUGAAGCAGGACAACAUCGUGGAGCUGAAGGAGGCUUUCCGUAGGAGGGGGAAACUCUACCUCGUCUUCGAAUACGUGGAGAGGAACAUGCUGGAGCUGUUAGAGGAACUGCCUAAUGGUGCACCACCUGAUAAAGUACGCAGCUACAUCUACCAGCUGAUCAAAGCCAUCCACUGGUGUCACAAGAACGAGAUAGUGCACAGAGACAUCAAGCCCGAGAAUCUCCUUAUCAGCUCUGAGGAUGUUCUCAAACUCUGUGACUUUGGUUUUGCUCGUAACCUGUCUGAAGGGACAGAUGCCAACUACACUGAGUAUGUGGCCACAAGGUGGUACCGCUCGCCUGAGCUGCUGCUGGGGGCUCCCUAUGGCAAAGCGGUGGACAUGUGGUCAGUGGGGUGUAUCCUCGGGGAGCUGAGUGACGGCCAGCCCUUGUUUCCUGGAGAAAGUGAGAUAGAUCAGCUCUUCACCAUUCAGAAGGUGCUGGGGCCACUCCCUGCAGAACAGAUGAAGCUCUUCUACAACAACCCUCGCUUUCAUGGCAUCAGGUUUCCCUCAGUUACUCACCCGCAGACUUUGGAGAGGAGGUACCUGGGAAUACUAAGUGGUUUGAUGUUGGACCUGAUGAAGAACCUGUUGCUGCUAACGCCCACGGAGCGCUAUCUGACGGAGCAGAGUUUGAACCAUCCAGCCUUCCAGCCACUGAGGCAGGCGGAGAGAGAGAGGCCUCCCCCUGCCUCUCCCAACCCACCGCGCUCCUCCAAGAGGAAGGCACACCACCAUGGAGAGAACACAGUUCCUACCAGGAGUCACAGUAAGAGCUCAAGCCACCGUCGCUCCAACAGCAAAGAAUGUUCUAGCCUCCCCCGCCAUGGGGAUCUCCAUCAUCUAGGCAAUGAGAGUUUCCUCAAUGGCAACAAACCAACCCCUUCCAGCUUAAGCCCGACCCUCCACCCCAAGGGCCAGUACAUGUCCCAGACCCUCAAUCGCUCUGCCUCAUCCAGUAAAGACCUGGCCAACAACAACCUGCCACACCUCCUCAGUCCCAAAGAAGCCAAAGGGAAGACAGAGUUUGAUUUCAAUUUGGGGCCCUCAUCCAAGCUGCCAGAGCAAGGACCUGGAGCCAAGUAUGGCCACAGCAAACCCAGCUCCUCUCGCUCUCAGCAGCAGCAGGCCAGUCGCCACCCCUUCCUCGAAGGCAAGACCAAUACACUGCAGUCUGGAGCAGAGAAACAACACAGCCGACAUGCCCACAGUAUGGCAGACUCAGCUCAUGGAUCCAUGUCCUCCUCCUCUAAGAGUUCAGCCUCUUAUCUCAGCCUGUCCAAGAGCCACAGCGCCCUGAGCGAUGCCAAGUCGGUAGGGAACCUUAGCGAUGGCCGGCUCCAUCCAGAUGACCCAAACUCCAGCUCAACAGCAGGGGUUGGGCCUGGAGCCCGCUUCUUCCCUGCCAGCUGUUUAGACCUCAAUGCUCCUUCAGGUCCACCGGGGCCACCUGGCAGCCCCUCUGCAAGACACAGUGAUCGCUCUGGGCAUAGUCCUGCCUCUCGCAGCAGCGGCAAUGUCCGUAUGGAGAGCAGCACACUUGACUCUUCCUCAAGACACAAAUCAAGACAUAAAUCUAUGGCGCCGGAAGAGGCCAAAGCUCCAGAGCUCUUAGACCCAGGAGGAGUGGGGAUGCCCUCCACUCACACCCUGCCAUCCCCUCAUGAAUCUUACCACUACGGCCUGGGUUAUACCUCUCCCUUCUCCUCUCAGCAGCGGCCUCACCGCCACUCCAUGUAUGUGAGGAGGGAGCGCCACCGGCCCCACGGUGCAGAAGGUGGGCUGGGGGGGCUUCCUCCACCAGGGCAGGGGGUGCCAACACGUGCCAGUAGCCUGCAGCUCCUCUCCCCCCAGCUCCAGCACCGGACCACCCUCACUGGACACUCUGUCAGCUCUUCUAGAGAAGACUGCACGGACGACAUGACGAGGAGUGAGCAGUCCCCUAAGGACAUGAACCACCCUUGUGCCCCCAUCAAAGACUCUACGAGGGACAACACUGCUGCUUUUCAUGCACAGCGCUCUAAAAACGAGGUGGGUAUGUAUCACGACCCCCAUGUUGAGGACGGAAGCUCGUCCAAGGAGAACCGUAUGAUCUUCAGUGAGUCCAUGCCUCGGAGAGUAGGCAGCUUCUAUCGAGUCCCCUCCCCCAGGCCAGAUAACUCCUCCUCUUUCCAUGAUGGUGUCGGGCAGGGUCGAGGGCCAGUUGUACCAGUGGUACCAGGAGACCCUGUUGUCAUGGCCAACCACGCCAAGCGCCAGACCGCUUUUGACUGGACUGCCGCAGAAGCCAUGGUUAUGAGUCCUCCAGAGCCCACCAAAGAGAAGGAAAAACAAGGCUUCUUCAGAGCCAUUAAAAAGAAGAAGAAGAAGACGCAAAUAACCGACAUGGAAGAUGGGAGGAACCCCAGCAUCAGGAAAAGCCUUUUCCCCCUCUUUAGCUCUAAGAAUAGCUUAAAGCACAACUCAGCUGUCAAAGUCCUACCUGUAGUCGCCUCGCCUAUGGUACAACACCAGCCUACCGCGCCCUACCCUGCCUCACCAGUUCCUGGUAACGGGCAAGAGCACCUGUCCCUGCAGAGGAGCUCCAAAUCAUCUUCUCACCACAGCAGCCGUCGAAAAAACCGUGAGCGCUCCCGAGACAGAGACCGGGAGCGGGAACAGAGCCGGGACAGAGAUCGAGACAGAGAGAGAGAGAGAGAACGGGAGAGAGAAAGAGAGAGAGAAAGGGAGAGAGAGAGGGACAGAGGGAGGGAGAGAGAGAGAGUCAGUGACUGGCCACCUGAGAAACCAGUUGACUCACACUCUCAGAGCCAACCACUGAAGUCACUUCGCAGACUCCUGCACCUCUCCCCCUCUUCCUCUAACCAAGCUCAGCCUCCUCCUCCUCCUCCAGACCUGCGCUUCCAAGCCACACUCCCUAACCCCCAACAGCCCACCUCCAAAGCGGGCUACCCUGAAGGCAGGGCGCACACAGACAGCAGGGGACACUCUGGGGUGAGCAGCUCCACCCAGGCCAAGAGUCGCAAGCCCAGCUACCCCAUCCCAGGACAGAUCGAGUCAAGCUGGCAUGUGUCUGCCUUACAGCGGGUAGAGGGGGGGCAGUAUACCCCUGAACAGCUGGGCAUCAAACCUGGGCAGAACGGACCCACCUUCACCCGCGCCUCCCGCACCAGGAUGCCAAACCUCAACGACCUGAAGGAGACCGCGCUGUAAGACCCCGAACCACACCACCUCCAACAUGGCAUCCAUGAUCGUACAAGCUGUCGUACAAGUUUACAUUACAAACCUAUUUCACUGGAUCAGACAUGCAGCUCUGAGAAGUCGUCAUCCAGAAACACAAUUUUCUGUUGAUGCUUAUGUCUCUGAAAUCAACAACUUUGCUGAAGACUAGACGCUGAGGGGACAAGACACUCACCAGUUACAGUGUCUUUUAGGGAUCAGUGACAGGGCAGAGGUAGUUCCCCCCUUGGGAUGCCAGUAUUGUGUCAGUUUUGUGUGAUUCUCUCUCUACUGGCUGUUAAGGUUAGAGCAUCAGAAAGUAAGAUGAUCUUUUGUGCCAACAAGAAAUGGCCCUCUGUCUGCAGCAGCAGAGAGACACUGCCCAUCUGGCCUCUUUGCUGCCAUCUUCUGCUUACAGGACACUACUACAACACAUCAGACACCACUGCCACAGAGGUGGCCAAUAAAGUCAUAUGUUUUUCAAGCUCUGAUAUUUGAUAAGAACAAAAAAAACUAAUAAUUUAUAUCAACAUUAUUUAUUAAAUAUUUAUUUGUUUUAAAUUCAAGGAUAUAAGCUAUAAAUGACACAGUAUGUAGGCUAUAUGGGAAUAUUAAAAAGGUAUAAUAGAAUUAUUGUGUAAUUGCAAGAGCUUUAGUUUCGACACAAAAAGAAAUGCAUAGAUAUUUAUGUGUUGAUAAUACAAUAUGUCACAAGGAUAUCUAAUGGUGAAUGUCUUUUUUGCUCACCACAAUUUAAUAUGUUAUUUAUAACAGAAUUUCAUGUUAUUUUAUGUUGAUUUUCCAUUUUGUGAAGAACUAUUGAAAAAUAUUCAUUCCCUGAAGUGGAAAAUAUCUCAUUCUGCUGACAUACUUGACACCUGCUGCAACAGGUGCAACAGUCAUAACAUCAGUGUUGAGGGUUUGGUGACAAGUCAGGUUAUUUGUCAUUUAAAGCUGAUAGUAGAAAAGGCAGCGUGCUCACUGACUGCUCAUUCUACAGCAUGCUAGCUGCAUGUGCACAUAAAGGCCAGUCUACUCAUGUCCCACUCAUUGGCUAACCCUUUGAAAGUAAACCCCAUGUUUCAAUCUCAUGCUGUUGUCUUUUGUCAGCUGCAACAGCUCUCCAGCUCCCAGCUGCCGUGGCGGCUCAGUUUUGUCUAUCAGCCUUAACAGCAAGUCGUGGGCAUCAUGACUGUGCCCUCUGCGCCGCACAGCCCUGAUGAAAAGUUGCCCAUACCCUCUCUAAUUUAAAUUUGAGUGACCCAGCUACAACAUUUAGCCGAUCAAGACAGUAGGAGAGUAUGGCGCAAUAUGCAUACUUCACCUACAACCUUUAAGAUCUUAACAUGUUUACAUUUCUGUAUGCGUUUUAAAAGCUUGUGUUAGUCAAUGUUUUUGUAAAUGCAUUUUGUAAAUCUGAAUUUAGUUCCAACCCUUUCCUCUUGACAUUACAUCUUUUUUUUUUAUUAUUUCAUUUAAUUUGUGCAACACCAAUAAUCAUGAUCAGGGAUGAAUUUUAUUAACUAGCUUGUUGAUAAUUGCAUUUAUUUGUUGUCUGCUGAUCUGUGGAUGAUAAAAAAAACUGAAUUGUGUAGAACAAAAAGCUAUUUGUGGCCUAAUUAAAAGAUUCAGUGCAGUUUUCCUUCCAUUCUUCCCAUUUGUCCUUCACGCCUUCCUCUUCUCUGUGACACUGACCACUCUAAGCAAAGAAGCAAAGCUUUUCCUUAACAAGUGCAGCCAAAUAGAUCAGUAAUAUCAUGGAAGGAGGGAACGAAGGAAAGAAGAAAGGCGGGACACAUUUGGUUAAAAUUCAAACUAAUCCAUGGAAUAGGGAAAAUUUGGUUUCAGCCUGAUGUUUUGUUCCUCAUCUGUCACACUGAUGAAAAGGCAUAAAAACAAGUAAACAAAUUAAUUGCUUGGCUGAUUGAAAGCAAUAAUGUUUGGACUGGCCAAAUACUAGCCGGAUCAGUGGCUGCUUCAAUUGGAACCAAAAAUAACAGAGGAAAGGAUUUUCAACAGGGAACUGUGAUUAAAGCAAGGUGAUUGUCCACAUUCAGUAUAAUGGCAUUGUUGUGCAAUAUUUUUUUUAUUUUGAUUUGUCCUUGAACAUGACCUUGGACAGCUAAAACUGUCACAACAUGUAUUAUGGAAAACCUUGAUUGAAUGAUUGAGUGAUUGUAAAUGACUGCUGUGGUGGGUCUGUGUGUGUCAUCAGAGCGAGGCAACGGAGUGAUGACAAAGCUCGCCUUGCCAGUGACCUGAAGCCUUACGUUAACUGACUCAACACUUCAUAUGGAAACGGAGGCUUCGACCCAGCACGUCACAUACAGUAACUGAGAUGGAAAGAUGAAUCUUUGUUUGCAGACACGAAUGUUUUUCCUAAAGAAUUCGUUUUGUUUCUUUUUUCCUUUUUUUUCAUUAAGCUGUUCUCCACUUCUUACAGGGUGUAAAUAGUGAUGUAUCUAAACUGACCAUUCUACCUUAAAAUUAUAAAGUAUCAUAAUAAAAGCCAACUGUACAUUUUU